CGCGUACGAAUGCAGCGACGGCCGGCGCGGCAUCGAGUUCGUCAAGCCUACCGAGGGAAACCUUGUGCAAUUUUGGGACUUCCGCUCGCAAGCCGCGGGCAAAGUUUUUCAUUACGCGUUGGGAUAUGAUGGCUCCACUUCCAAAUGGGAGGCGGUGCAGUGCGGAGAGAGCGCAACCGUGUGCGACCUGACUACCAACAUGCUCUCGACCGGAUACCUUUCUAGCAGUGACCCGGUCCAGGAGGACGACUCGUCUGUGAGUGCCGAGUACACACAGGGCGACACCCGUGGUUGCGGCAACGGCGUAGCGCGAACGACCGACGUCAAGGUCAAGCCCGAGUAUUGCAACCGGCAGCCGAAAAACCAGGCACAUGAGCCCACAACCUGCGGAUACAUACUGACUAUCUGCUGCGAGGAGGUGGCCAUUGUCGCGGAGUGCGGGUGCGCAAACGGAAGACCUUUGAUCAAUCCCGAAUGCGAAAACACGCCGGAGGCGAAGCGUCCUAACGCCUGCCAGAGUGCCAAUCCCGGCUACUAUCUCGUGAAUCGGGACGGGGUGCAGCAGAGCGAGUUGAAGGUGUGCACCUGCCAGAACGGGACCCCGACCUCCGGAACCGCCUGCCCCACACACAACACGAACCACUGCGAAAGCUGCGACAACGGGUACCAACUCCGCAGCGAUUUCUCGUGCGAGUGGAAGGUCUGCACCUGUCCCGGUGGAACGGCGCAAGUAGGUUCCGCCUGCACCUCGCACGGCGCCCAUGUCUGUUCGGGGUGUGACGACACUCACAAGCUCGUGGUUUCCAAGUGUCGGGAGAGGUGCAAGUCCAGUAGCCAGCACGAGAUCUGCGGGGCCGAUAGCUGGCUGUCGAGUAGUAACGCGGACCUGUGCUCCGAAUCCUCUUGUACCGUGGCACUGGAUCGGCAAAAGUGUUGCCAGCUCCCGGCGUGCACUCUCAGCGACUUGGACACUCACGGGUACGCACUGGAAGGGGACUACCAAUGGGCCCAACUCGUGGACGCGAAACACAACCGGGCUGUUCGACCUGGAUCCGGAUGGCAGACAGCCGGAAUGAGCUGCGCCAGUACGCACGCGCCGAAAAACGCAAACUCGCCUGCGCAGUACAGAUGUCCCUCGGGAGGCGGAGUGGCGCUGGAGCUGAGGAACUGCCACGAAAAGUGCGGCUCCGCGAGCCUAGCAUCGGUGUGUACGGCGGAUACAAACGAGCAGACGUGGUAUAAAAAGCGCAACCCAGACGGGGUCUGCGCCGGGCAGCGAUGCUCCCACUCCAACGCAGAUGAUAAAGAGAAGUGCUGCGUAAAAAAGUGCGGGCAUUCUAGUACGGGUACGUGUGGCGGCGGACGGUUGAAACGACAAGGCGACGACGAUUGGUGCGCGCUUGGAGGGGACAAGUGUAAUGUGGCCGAGGGCGAUGGGAGUGGUCCUGACGCCAAAGUCUGCUGCCAGGAAACCUGUGCCAGCGGUUUCGCAAAGAUCAAUGACGUCGGAUACCACGACUGGCUGAGGCUGCAAGGAAAGGAAAACAGCACACAUGGGUGGCGGCGCUAUUUCUACAACCCCGCGAGGGCAAAUGAAAGGUGCGAGGAUUUCAAGUGCCUCAUCCCGCCGAGGAGCUGGGGGGUUAUAAAUGUGAACUACACGCUCGCGGAUGACGCGCCCGACGUGGCUACCUGCUGCCACCUUGGCUGCACACCCGUCUGGGGUAAGGAUCACUAUCGGGGCUACAUGUUCGAAGUAGUAGGCUCCGGAGAACAGUGCACACACCUCAUGGACGGCAAAAAUUAUCCACCAACGCCAGCGUGUAAUGGGACCUUUACGCAUUUAAUCCGGACUGCCGUGCCGGAUGAGCCGGGGGUCACGAACUGGAUAAUUGGCACCGCGGCCAACCGGGCACCGGCCCCAAAAGUGCUGUGCGACUCGAGCACGCAUACCGGAACAGCGGAGUACCGCUGCACAGGGAGUAACGGAAAGCUGCACUUCCAGGGGUGUCGAGAACGGUGCACCCUCCAGGCCUGUAGUGGUGACAGCAACAGUGCUGCUGUCAACUUUCAGCUGAAGCCCGGGACGAACAACCUGUGUCAAACGAACAGAUGCGGUACCGAUGCCGAAGACAAAGCCACCUGCUGCUUGCAAAAAUGCGGCGUGGGGACAGAAGCGGGUGACGUUUGCAGUGCAAACCACGACUGGGACCGCAAUCCUGGCGAAGCGAGCCCCGGAGCCGCCACGCUGGUCUGCGCCAGUGCGACCUGUCAGCACGCCGUUGCAGCGGACCGUAACAACUGCUGUCUGAGCAGGUGCUCCUGGCCCACGACCGAGAGCGAGAGAGAGGGCUACACGAUGAAAGGCAGCACAGCACAGAGCGAGUUGUUCCGUUCGACGAGUGCAAAGGGCGCACGGCCGCUGCAAAACCCCACGGCCAACGAGGGGUGGGAGUCGUACAGCAACGGCUUCAUCUGCGCGUCCACCCAUCGGCAGCUUUCCCACACUCCCGAAUACCGCUGUCCCACCGCGGGAGGGGCGCUUCAAUUUCGACAUUGCUACGAGAAGUGCAAUCAGGACGUAUGCGGGAAUAUCAACUGGCUCAAGGCUGACGCGAAUACGAAUUCCCAGAGAACGUGCGCGAGCAACCAGUGUAGUAGCAAUAGCGGGCAUCAAGACUUCGCGACCUGUUGCGAGACUGCCUGCCAUUGGCCGAGUGCGGACACCGGGUACGAAAUGCACCAGGGAAAAGGGCCCGAUUGGCUUUUUGGAUCCUGGUCGCUCGGCGUUGCUGCAAGGCCCGGGACUGGCUGGCGAAGCUACGAAGAAGGUUUUCGCUGCACAGGUACGCACAUCGGCUUACCGGAAUUCCAGUGUCCUGGAGAAGGAGAGGAGUUGAAGUUUAAAAACUGCAAACAACGAUGUGAGCCACCCACGGACGCGACGAAGGAAAGAUUUGACAAAGUCAACCACGCGGGCACGAAAUAUUCACCAAACAAGUGGCAUGAUGUUCUCGGUCAGCACCCGGAGAUGUACCCCGAAACCGGGACAGGCCACGUCAUGCAGUGUGCCUCGGGCUUUGUCGGGAGUCAGCCGCACACGCACCAGAAAGUUCGCUGCGCGGUGCCGGGACAGCCCGCGACCGCAAUGGAUGGCAGCUGUGAUCAUUUCCAGUGUCAAUGCGCGAGCGGAGUGGUCGAGCCCGACACCAAUGACUGCCCCGGGAAAAACUUCCAGCUCUGCACCACAUGUGACAGCAACUACAAACUCCGCGAAAAUGUGGGACGCACCGCGUCUGACCCGAACCCGCAAGGCCAGUCCUUCCAGGGCCGGCGGGAAGUGAAGUGCUGGGCAAAAUGCGAUGCCGUGAACUGCAGCGAGAGGGACGGUUCCCCGACACCAGGAACCUACUGGCUUCGUGACGAGGCGAAACACUUCUGCAACGCGCGGCCAUUCAACAAGCAGGAUUGCCUCAACGACUGCUGCAUCGAGGCCUGCAAAGCGCCAACCGGACCGGACACGCAAACGGAGCCCUACGCGAUUGCGGAUCCCUCGACCUGGAAACAAAUCCUGAAACACGGGAACCUCUACCCCGGGAAGCAGGGCCCACAAGUCUUCUCGGCUGUUGCCGGGAAGUACGGCUGCCGUGCCGGGUGUGGGAGUGUCAGGAUCUUCGAAAUCGACAAAGUUGAAAUAAGUAAUUUAAUCUGUCAUGCAUAAAGUGCGACGCAGAGGGUCCCUCCAUUGCAGAGGAUGCAAGUAGGGAGGCUGAUUCUAGUCCUGCUAAGGGUCUUGAUCUUCAAGGGGUGGGUUGUUGACUAGCAUAACAGAAGGGAGCUCCUUUGCCCCAAACAGCAUGAGAGAUUCGGUCCCAGCGCGGGGAAAAUUGGUCGUGCGCCGACUAUAUUAAACUGUAGGUCCAAUAUCAGGCAAUCGAUUUUUUGUAUUGUGCAAUUAAUUUUCUGCUGCAAUAUGCAUGCUGAAAAAAAAGAUUUUAUUUUUCAAAUAUUUUGUCGAUUUCGGUCCUGACGCUUCCAUACCGGGUGGCAUCUAGGCGACGGCUACGCAACGUCCGGCGUAAAGUUCCGUUGUCCCGCAGCAGGAGCUAUCCACCAAAGUAAGUUUUCCGUACACGACGUAGACGUACAAACGCAGUCUCUGCAUGACAAAACUGGGCUUCGAUGCUCGUUUAGCAUGACAAGCGUUCUUACACUCUACAUUGAUGAAAUCAUUUGUGGUGCAUCUUGUACAUGCUGUAUCGGGGAAAUUUGUAUUCUCUCAUAGGAGAGUUUGUCCAGCUGCGGGGCUGCGACGACAACUGCAUCGACUGGCUGGAUGCGGGCGACGGGUCCGGAGGCGACAAGGGGGACUGUGCGACAGAGGGUUUUGGUCCCGCGUAUGGCGCACUCAAACGCGGAGUACCUCCAGCACCCGACGAACCUUAUCGUUACGAACCGAACUACAGCCGCGAUGCCGAACCGGGUCAGAAGCUGGAUGCGUUCACGUGCUGCACCCGGGGCACGAUGUGUGGCGGGCUGUUUUUGAAAGAGACGGCAGGAGGGGGGCAAGCGGGGAUCGACAAAUACAAAGAAGAACUAGCCGAGGGUGGGGACGACGUGGGGCACACCUGGUGCAUAUUGUAUUUAAAAAUGCCCCCACCCCAGAGUUGUAAUGCAAAUCUGCAUGCUCAGAAUGUUUCUCAUGCGGAGCCCCAUGAGCAGCAUUGGAUUUUAUAGUCGUGUUUUGCAAUUUGCCAUGCUCCAAUGAUCUUCAUGAUAUACUAGAUCUGUGACGCUGCUAAUCUAGCUCCAACAGCACUACGCUGCGAGUCCAGAUUUCUCAUGCAAAACAGCCAAAGCUUGUGGAUUGGUGUAGCCGAUUCCCCAUCUUGAUUAUGGGGUGGGGACGUUUUUACAUAGGAUAAUGCACGGUGGAACACGCGUACGGAAACCCGAAGCCGCCUAUUGCAAGGAAAAAUCUUCCAACCCCCUAUUGAAAACGCAUCCGUCUGAAAAUUUGUGAUGCAGAUUUGUGGCCACAAAUCGCGCCCGUCUUGCAGGAAGGCAAGCGCAGGCUGUCCGCCACGUUAAUAAUAAUAUGCAGGCGAUUUGUAGUAAAAAUCUUGCGUGUCUGCGUGCUGUCCUUUACUAGAAGACAGAUGUGAAGAUUUGUGUACGCAAAUCCAGCAUCACUAAUCUCCUUUUCGAUAAUAUGGGGAGGAGGGAUUUUUCCUUUGGAUACCACCGACAACACUACUCGAUACAAAUUUUGACGUGACAAAAAUCCCGAAUAAAAAAGCAACUUGCUGCCAUACGCCGACCUGUGCGCAGGGCUUUUUUGCCCCGGUAGCCGGGCCGAAGAGUUGCCCGAGUUUCACCGAGGGGUUUGUCCAGAACGCGAAUAGGCCACAGAAGCACUGCACAGACCACUACUGUAACGAGGAGCAGGACGAAGUCAAUUGCUGCACGAGAAGGGCGGUUUGUCCGUUUGACACUGCUGUUACACCGGACUUGCUCAACAUUUUCACGACAGCUUCAGGAGCAACUGAUAGUCCAGCGAAAUGGUUCACGUUGCAGCCAUCAGAAGCGCAGGCAGAGCUGACAGAUCUGAACUGCGCGGACCACUCUAUUGCUACGGAUCAGGAAGCGUUUUCUUCGGAAAGGAUCUUGAACUUCUGCACCACCGAACACUGCAACUACGGGACGAAGUUUCAAGAUCAGCCGGACGUGGAGAAUUGUUGCCAAAAGUACGAAACGAAGGAGGACUACUUCUGCGAUGGCUUCUACACGCCGAGAUUCUACGGCUCCGCGGCGGAGGCGAAGUACGCCUGCGACCAUGAUUUCGAAAGCACCGCGGUGUGUUUCGGCUACCAAUUUGAUGCAAACAUUUGGAAUGGGCGAACGCUUGGAGCCAAGUACUACUCUGAUAAGUUGGAAGCAAACGUGGAGGCGACUUUCGGGAACUACAGUCUUCUGCUUCCGCCCGGAAAAUACGACGCUGAUUCAAAGAAGCAUUUUCAGUUUGAUGCUUCAGGUGGGAGCGGCAACACAACAGACGAGGAGAUUUUGUCCUCGAUCGACACGACGAUCAAGUGUGCCAAGGUCUCUACCAGUGUCACGUUCAAAAAUGGCGGAACAUUGGUCCUUUCGCCCACGAAUGCGGCAGCGGGUACUACGACGGGCGAAGGAGAUGAUGGAACCACGAGCGAAGGUGGUAGCACCACCAACAUGUCCUCGGCCACGAUGUCCCUCGCACAAGAAACUUCUGCCGCGUACUACACGGCUAGAAGAAGCAGUAGUACUAGAGCAAGAACUUCUGCAAGAACUGCAGCGACCACCUCCGAUAUAACCACUUACCCAGCCGGUCUCUACGGCAAUUACGACGAUGCAAAGAUUUUGUUAAUCGCAACGCAAACCCAGUACGGACAAACCAAGGAAAUUCCCGGGAACCGAGUGUGGCUGAAACAGAACCGGAAUGUGGAGGAAGUCACUACUGUGGAGGAAGUGAGCACGCACGUGGACUUAUCCCACCUCUUUCCCACCGACGAGUCGCUGCUGGCGGGAACAAAAACCAGCGCGCGAAUGAAGGGCCAGUCGGAAUUGAAGGUGCGGCUUGUGUUGAGUAGCGAGGCCGUUGCGGAGUUGCAAGCGACUGAAGACGCAAAGCUGAAGGCCCUGAAAGACGCGGAGGAGCAGGAAAAGGUGGACGCGUUGAAGGCGUACGCAAACAAAGUGAACAAGAGUGCUGCAGAGUCCGCAGGAGACAGCACGGCGAGCAGCUUCUUGACGUUCGACGGACGAGAGGACAAGGACGACCCUAGCAGAACAUCUAGGAGCAACACUGACGGUAGGUCUUUUUACGAAGCAGAGGAACAAGAAGACCCAGAAAUCAUAAGGGGGCACACCAAGAACACGAAUACCUCUACAGACGGACGAGCACCUGAUCAUGUCCCGGUCGUGGUGUCACUAUCGAGAAUGUCUUUGGAAACCGCAGGCAACGACACGACAGAUAGCUUGGAUCAGCAGCUCCGCCGGGCGAUUCAAACUAGUCUCAAUAAACACGCACCGGAUCCUCCGGGAGGACUACAAAAGACCACGGAUGAAAGUGAUCCUGGUACAACUACUGAGGGCGAGGAUCAUGCUGCUACCUCUGCCACUGCUGCUGCUGACGCGUCCUCCACACUACAGCUGCAGCUGAUUAGGAAAGAGGACGUUGUAUCAAGAAGAAAAAUCCCCCCUCCCCAUAUCAAAACGGGAACCUGUGAUGCAGAUUUGUGGCCACAAAUCAGCUUUGUUAAGCUAGAAGGGAAGAGAUGCCGACUGUGGUGCUUGGCGGCAUGGGAAAGCCUCGCAUCUUCAGCAUAACAGGAGGCAGCUGGAAGUGGGAAACAGCAUGACAAAUUCCCUGCAAGCGAGGCCACAGCUGCGGCUCUUGGCCUUCUAGCAAUGCAAGUCGAUUUGUGUACUCAAAUGCAGCAUCACAAAUUUCGUUUUCGAUAUGGGGAGUGGCGAUUUUUCCUCACAAUACAUUGCUGAUGCUGGUGCUGGUGGACAUGAGAAAGUCGAGUCCUUAUCGUUUGCAGCGACAUCAAACAGGAUCGACAACAAGAAUUCGUCAACCGGGGGGAACGAGACUGAUCCGAACGCUCCUCGAAUCGCAGUGACCGACAGCGAUGUUCAGCAGCCGGACGAGAAUCCUUUCGAAUUGACCGUAAAACUGACCGGAACAGGAGGCACCGCGAUGGAUAGUUUGCAGAAUAACGAAAAAGUCAGCGAGAUCAUGUUGCGUUUCAUACACAAACACAUCCUGAAUGACUUGGUGAAUAAGAGCGGUCUGCAUGGUAUGUCGGAGAACUCCGUGUACGUGGAGAUGAAGCCGGGCGUUGUAAUAACGACUGGAGGCACAGCAAGCGAUACAACUACAACUGGCGGCGCGAACGAAACCGCUUCCUCGGACAAUAGUAGUACUUCCAGUACAGUAAAUUUUAGUUCGUCAUCUUUCGCCGAAGCGAUAGCCGCGGAAGAGCAGGACCGAGAAGCGCUUUCUCUUCUCUCGUCCCGGGGGACCGCAGACAGGAGAAGAAACGCAACAAAUUCUACAGAUGAAGAUGAAAAUGAAGCAAGUCCAAGUGGGCCUAUUUUCAGCCAUUGCGUGCUGGAGCCGAUUGCGCUGGAAAAGUUGAAGGUUUGGAACCCGGUGAACGCAGUGCUGAAUACGUACGGCGGCUUGUAUGUGCUGCUUGCCAUUCAUGUCUUCUCGUGGCUCUUCGUGCUUCGGCACCGGAUAAAGCGGUGCAUAUACGGACCCGACCAGGAGCAGCUCGAGAAGUACAGAAGACAACACCAAAAAGAACUGCAGCAAGCGAAAGAAAAAGAAAAAGAGGAUGAGUAUGAACCGCUAGCAGGAGAGGGUCGCGACUCUUUGGAAAGUGGUGGGGGCGAAGACAUUUUGAGCAGUAGCGCAACGUUUCAAGGUAAAAGCUCCGCCAGCUUCGGCAGUUCGAGCGCUACCGCACCUCCUUCAGCCCCGGGUGGAAGCCGCAACUUCGGGGGUGGGGGCAGUAGCGCGUUUCAAGGCAGCAGCAGCGCGUUUCAAGGCGGCAGUGCGGCGUUUGGGAGCGGGAGUGCCGCGGUUGCCAGCAAAGCGAGGGGCGGUAGUACCGCGUUUGGUAGCGGGAGUGCCGCGGUUGGCAGCAAAGCGGCUGGCGGUAGUACGGCGUUUGCCGCUGGCAGCAGUGCGUUCGGCGGUGCCACUAGUGCAGCUGCUGCUGGUAAGAACAAAGCAGGUGCCGCAAGCUCCGGGUUCGGGCCACCUCUUUCCGGUGGCGGAAGUCAACAAGCAGAGGCGUUUGCCGGGAUGGGGAAGAGUGCGAACGCCGGGGCCUUUGGCGGCGGGUCGUCUGCCUUUGCGGUCAAGCCCGGGUCGAGCAGUGCCUUUGGUGGAAAAGCUUCGUCGGCGCUGCAGGGGUCCGUUGCCUUUGCCGCGGGAUCGCAAGCCGCACCAGCAAAGUAAAUACGGCGACUGUGAUAAGUAGAACCAUAGGGAAACACUUUUUUUUCUCGGUUUUUUUAGAAAUAGAAUCAGCCUAGUUGUGUUUUUCUGGUCCACUACAACUUUGCAUUUCUCGCUUAUCUCUGUGUAAGGAAGUAGACACUGCCAGUAUACUUUUUUUUUUUUUGAAACGUUCAAGUGGUACCCAGAUUUCUAGCAAACAUAAAUCACAUUCAAAAUCAAACUAAUGCGAGAAAUAGGAACGAAUUCGACGGCGAGUACGUCGACGUUUAUCAUCAUCUUAAUUCCUUAUGCAAGAAAAACUGUAUAGAACUUUCUCCGGAGCUGCUUCUUGAGUUUGUAUUAGAUAGUUGAAGCGAAACGCUUUCUAUUUUUAAAGUUCCCAGCAUUCGCUGUUUCUGUUGGUUGCUCAGCUGCACCUGCACCCGCCAUCAAACUCAAAAGUGUGGUUAUAAUAUGCCAAUCGGUAUCCACAUGAUGCGCCAUCAGAAGUGCAAAUGGACGGAUCGCGAGGCUGUUGCAACAUAAUUGAAAUUGAGCUUCUAACUCACCAGACUUUUCUUUGAUUUUUGACAAAGGGAGCAUAUUAAGCCAAAGAAGCCUAAUAUGAAUGCCUAGCCACCUUGUCGUUUUUCUUCAAGUAGUACCAGCUUUUCGUUUUUCUUGAAGUUUCGGGACUACCUUUUUCAUUCACGUCGACCCGGGCGAUCGAAAUCGCCACGAGUAAUGAUCCACAGAAGCUUUCUCUACAAACAAAGGGAUUUCUAAUCAAUCCCGCUCUAUAAGAGAUAAGAAUAACUACUUCUACAAAAAGAAAAAGCUGAGGUGGGCCUUCAGUAAAUAAUUUUAUCGCCAGGAUUCACUGACUAGGCCGAAGUCGAUCAAUCUUCUGUGCUCUUUUUUUUGGCAGAUUAAGCCAUCAAGUUAGUACGCUAAAGAACCCAAGGAAUUGCUUUAUUUUUUCUUCAAAUCGCACUAGAAUCGUGAGUAGAAGACGAGGAGGGUUGCCCUUCAUACGUGCGGAUCGCCACGAAUCCACCAGAACAAACAACAAAGAAAUUUUACGAGAUUUUUUGAUUCAGAAGAAUACUACAAGUAGCGGAAGAUGGUGAACAUGAUUUUGCAGUAGCAGCUACUCCGAAUCAAAUGAUUUUCAUCAAGUAGGAUUGUUUGCAGUUGUUCAACAGUGACUGCGAGUUCUUUUAGAAGUUUCGUAGUCGACCACCUACGCGGGUACCGAAGAAUACUGGCUAGAAGAUCAAUAAUUUUGGUAACACGUAUGCUAGAUAUAAGAAAUAUAAUACUGAGGUUUGCCGAAAAACAAAAUAUAGAAUUAUAUAAUUUGCUGCUUGCACUAACGCUUGGCUUUUUUGGAAUUUGUGAUACUUUUCAGGUUGAAAGCGCGAUGCUGUUUGUGAAAAACAAAAAUUGGGGUUCAAACCACCAGGAACAGAAUCAGAAUGUUGUUGGAGUUGUCGCGCUCAAAGUAGCUCGCGGUAGGCGACGCAAAAGAUUCGAACCGCUCCGAAUGCUCUCGCUUGCUCCAACACUUCAUAAUGUCGAAAACGAAGAAAAAACGC